AUGAAGCCGCCACACACCGCCUCGACGGCGUCCUCCGCACACGCGGUGACGGGGACGGGGUCGAUGCGGAAGUCAUCGAGGCUCGCCCCCGAGCGCGUGACGCACGAGUUGUUUCUUCCCGGGGACGACGAUUCCCUGGACGAGCGCUCGGUCGCGACCUGUCGAGCGCUCGCCGAGGCCUUGGACGUGGGCCUGCGCAAGACGAACGAGGCGUUCUGGGCGCACGUGAAGAAGAACGGGCCGGGACUGGGAAGAAGUCUGGACUCGUAUCUGCAGUUCAAGACUCGACCUUUCGAAUCGCGGGGUGAGGGAGCGGAUGCGUCGACGUCGACGGCGGACGAUGCGCUCGCGAGGAAGGUUUUUCUCACACUGCUCAGGUUGGUAAACGAUGGCGCUCGCGAGCGGACUAGUUUGAGCGUGGAAGAGCGAAGAGACGUGGUAUUAAAGUACGGUCUCAUCGAUGUACCCAAGAUAUUCGACGUGGCGGUUUUAUACGGUCAGGAUAACAAGGAUCUCGCACGCGAGCUCAUCGAAAGCGCCGUCAAGCUGGUGCCAACGCUCGUGGACAAAUUUGUAGAGACUGGAGCGGUCAUAGAGGGAAACUUGAACGAUAUGGUGGCGCGUGUAACGUCGGCGGCGCAAACGAGUGAGCUUUCGCCUGACGGUUUGAGAGAAUCCUUGUCUUACUUCCAUGACGUGGCAAUUUCAUUGCUGUCGCUCGUUGCGGUGUACCCUUCAUCUGGAGAGUGGUUGCGUCGGGUUGGAAAUUUAGUAGACGCUCUCGAAAUGGUUCGAAGCAACGCUAUUCCCACGCUUGAAACCCUAACAAACGACACAGACGCCCUGGAUGCGGUGAGAGAUUCAGUGAGUGCCGUGAUAGCUUGUUUGCAAGAUCGACAAGGUGAAGACCAGGUGAGUAAGUACCGUGGACUGUCUCCACCAGUCAUUGAAAUCAUCGAAUCGAUCCGAAUGAUUCUUCCUGACUUGGGGAUCGGCUUCGUUAACGCUUGCAUAGAUCAUUUUGGUCCGAAUACCGAGCUGAUCAUACAGCAUUUGUUCGAGGAAUCGCUUCCUCCUAACUUGCGAUCAGUUGACAGACAGCUCGGCUGGCCACCAGUCGUGAUGAAAUCUGUGCAGGGUAGUGGACCGCCUCGAGUUAGUCUCGGGCCCUCAAUCAACAAGCGGGAUAUCGACAUCGAACUCUCGGCUGAGGACAAGAAGCGAAUUUUGAUGGUGGCGCGUGAUUUGGAGUACGAAGACGAAUAUGAUGAUUCAUUUGACGAGUUGCCAAUUCACAUUUCCAGCACAGCGGUUGACGAAAUGGAAGGCGGCGAAGCUAACGGAGAAAACACGCGGCGAUCGAAUGCAUCGAAGAAAGUUUUUUAUCUGAUAGACGGAAAAGUGUACCACUCUCACAAAGCCGGUGCGGUGAAAGUUUUUGCAAGCAGCGCCGAGGAAGCGUCACAGAUGGCUGCUGAGGCGGCUUCAAUCAAGGAAGGUGAGAUUGAAGGAUUGGGUGCUGGCGGAAAUAGAGCCAAAUUUGCGACUGGAUUUGUUCCGAGUAAGAGUGCCGCACCGUUUGUGCCGAGGGCGGCAAUAGAAAGCGCAAGCAAGCCUGAGACACAAGGUGGAGUAGAGUCAACUGGUGGUCCCGGAAGAGGUCGAGGUCGGGGUCGCGGUUCUGGCGGUCGUGCCACUCGUGGGCUCACAGCGAAAGAUUUCACUCACAAACAUCACAAUCAAAAGGCGAAAGCAGCGAAAAAGACGGGGAUUUAG